AAACAUCCUUAAAAUUCACUGACUCCGGCUGUUGUUUUUUUUUCCAUUUUCAGUCUGAGGGAGCCACAUUUAUUUCGGUGAUUUUUGAUGUAGCAUGACUGUGUUAGCAACAGGUUUACUGUUCCGGAGUUUCAUCUGCGGAAAAAACUUCCCAGACAUUUUCCAAAACAGUAACACAAUGCUGCAUUUGUUCUACUUUUUGUUUUACCAGACGUGUGUGACGUAGUCUGGGGCAAAACCUUCUUCAGUCCGUGAAGCGUUUGGUUCCAGCCCCUCAAAUUUGGUCGAUUACCUGAAAUUGCGGCAACUUUGCGUCUCUAGAAGUGUUGGUAAAGAGGCUUUGUAGGAUGCCGGCUGCCUCUAGCUGAGCUUCCUCCUCCUCCUCCUCCUCCUCUUCCUCCUCUUCCUCCUCCAGUCCAAACAUGAACUCUUCUUCCAAUGUGAACCAAAGCAGCGGCGCCGCCACCUUUUGCCUGCUGGGCGCUGUGGGCUACUCCCACAGCCUGGAUACCUGCGUGCUGGAGGUGGUCGUCAUCCUCUUCCUCACCGUCCUCAUCAUCAGCGGUAACCUGGUGGUGAUCUUUGUCUUCCACUGCGCCCCCCUGCUGCACCACCACACCACCAGCCACUUCAUCCAGACCAUGGCCUACGCCGACCUGCUGGUGGGUGUCAGCUGCCUGGUGCCGUCGCUCUUCCUGCUUCACUACCUCCGAGACCUCAACGAGGAACUCACCUGCAAAGUUUUCGGCUACAUGGUGUCCGUGUUGAAGAGCGUCUCCAUGGCGUCGCUGGCGUGCAUCAGCGUCGACCGCUACAUCGCCAUUACCCGCCCGUUGUCGUACUCCACCUUGGUGACCGCGUGCCGCCUGCGGGUGUGCAUCGUCUUGAUCUGGGUUUACUCCGCCCUCAUCUUCCUGCCGUCCUUCUUCGGCUGGGGGAAACCGGGUUACCACGGCGACAUAUUCCAAUGGUGCGCCGACUCUUGGAAGACCAGUCCCGGUUUCAGCACCUUCAUCGUGGCCGUGCUGUACGCCCCGGCGGCGCUCACCGUCUGCUUCACCUACGGGAGUAUUUUCCGGAUCUGUCGACAGCACACCAGGGAGAUCACGCAGCGACACGCCCGCUUCAGCUCGCAACUGGACGGCGAGAAAGGCGAGCGAGGGGAGCGCUGCGAGGGCUGUCCGGACAAGCGCUACGCCAUGGUUCUGUUCCGCAUCACCAGCGUCUUCUACGUGCUGUGGAUGCCGUACAUCCUCUACUUCCUCCUUGAGAGCGCCGGGCUGUACCAACACAAGGUGGCGUCCUUCCUCACCACGUGGCUGGCAAUCAGCAACAGCUUCUGCAACUGCCUCAUCUACAGCCUGUCCAACAGCGUCUUCCGGAAAGGUCUGGGUCGCCUCUUCAGCCCAUUGUUCCCUUCGUGUCUGAGCUGCACGGACGCUAAAAAGGCCCUGGUGCCCGUCAGCCCCCGACCGGAUUCACGAUGCCAAGUAUGAGCGCUGUCCGCCAUGGAUUUGUUUGGUCGCUUUAGGAGUGCUUUACCGUCGGAUGCAUCGCACACGUCACAGGGGUUUUUGUCCCGCAACGACAUGCGUUGAGGACCCCUGCAGGACGGCGCAAGGAAGGCGCCCGUUGGUCGACUUGGAGGUUGAUUCAUGGAAACGAGGCUGAAGUUCCCUCUGGUUUUUCACAAAUGAAGCUGUGAAGCAGUGACGACGCAGUCACUGAGCCACGUAAUUGGG